GGCACCUUCGUUCAUUCAUCCACUACCUAGUUUUUUCUGGAACUAUCAGUUGAGAACCCUGGAUCUCUUUGCUUUUCUGAAACUAUUUGUUGAGAGCCUACUGGACCUGUUCGCUGCUCGAAAGCAUACUCUAGAUCCCAACGAACUGACUUUUACUGUUGGAGACGACGAAGAGUGAACUUUUUUCUUAAAUGAUAUGUACUUAUAAGUAUGUUGUCAUUGAGUUUUGUAGCUGCUAUGUCGUGGUUCUAGUGAGUGAAUGAAUUGAAAAUUGUUCUAGUGUAAAGUCAGUGCGUGAUCAAGAGUUCAGUAUUCUUAUCAGGUAGAUCGAGUCGCACAGGUAGAAAAAUAGUCUGUCACUGUUGCACGUCAUCACUGAAGAAACGUUCCUCGCGGAAAAACAGCAGAUGAGUUAUUAAGAAGAAUAUACUGUGAAAAUCCACAGAUGAUUCACAUUCAUCAAGAAACAUGAAGAAAUAUAUAGAUAAACCGUGAAAAACCA